AGAAGAAUAAGAUGAACGAAUGCGAUUUGAUAAAGCAGAUUCAUGAGUCUGAAGAGGAGGAAUUUUUUGGUGAAAAUGAGUGGAAUUUGUAUCCAGACAAUGUUUUUGCAUCUAUGGCUGGGGAUGAGCUUUGGAAGAUAAAUGAUCCAAACCAUCAAGAAGAUAACCCAGAUGGCUUUAGAAUUAAACAUGGGGAAGAUAAGCACAAAGAGACUAAAGAUAAACACCAAGAAGUUAUUAGAAAUCUGGGUGGAAGUACUUCAGACAGUUUUAAAUAAAGAAAAUACUUCUUCAAUUAUCAGAAAACCAAAAAGGAAGAAUAUAAAUAAAGAAGAGGGAAAGGAUCAGAAAUCAAGAACGAGAAUAAAGAAAGAAGAAGAGAAAAAGAAGUAUGAAAAGAAACAGUUACGAAAGAAUCCUAAGUUAAUGAGUAAGAAAAGAAAAUGCAGCAAGAAAAGGCCAGCUUCCUCUAAAAUGAAAAAGGUUGAUUCCGACAAAUCUGAAUGCUUCUACAAAACUUUAGGAGAACCAAAGAGAAAAGACAUACAACAGAAGACUCCUCUCAGAUUCUUGAGAAGGUAUUUCAGAGAUUUGUUCAAGCAAAACAAUCCGAAAAUUGUUAGGAAGCGAUACGUUCACUCUAGGACAAGGUUUAUUUUUGCAAGGGUUAAGAUCCUUUUGAAGGAUGUAUGAGGCAUUCAGGAUACGGAUGACCAACUUGUGUAUUUCGUAAUAGGUAUUAUUGACUUGCGCAAGCCCUCUAAAUUAACUUGCUUACCCGAAACUAAGGAGGCGAUCUCGGACUUCCUUGUAUGCAUAAGAAGAUUUUCCCAAAGACGCUUCUUCAAAGCUAUUCAGUCAAGAUGCCUGUACACAUUAUGCUGCUGGAUGCUAGGCAACAUUGAAGACCCCAGAAUGAAGACUUUAGAAGAACUAGUGCAGAGCAGCAGGGAAAUUGAGACUUUCGGUAUUGACUUCUAAGUAGGAGAUAAUUAAGAACAGAGUA